GCGAAGCUCUGGCGGGCUGGGAUGAAGCCGGGGGCGGCCUCCUCUGGGGCCAGAUAGCUUCCCGAGGGGGCGGUAGAGGCGACGGCGGGGGCGGCGGCUGCUGCUGCUGCUGCAGCGGGGAAGAAGCGGAGCAGGCGGCGGCCGAGGGCGACGGGGCCGGGGUCUCCGCGACCUCGGCCGCCGCCGGCGAGUGGGGCGCAGCGGCCGGGCCGAGGAUGGCCGCGCCGCCGGGCUACCCUCUCUCGGACCCGGGCUCCAACAGCGAGCGCAGCGCCGACUCGCCCCUGCCCAGCGACGGAGGAGGAGGAGGAGGAGGCGGCGGAGGCUGCUCGGCCGGGCCCUCCCGCGCGGCCCCGGACAGCCCCGAGUGGGGCGAGGAGCGGUUCCGCGUGGACCGAAAGAAGCUGGAGGCCAUGCUGCAAGCUGCUGCUGAAGGAAAGGGGAAAAGUGGAGAAGACUUUUUCCAGAAGAUUAUGGAGGAAACGAACACCCAGAUUGCUUGGCCCUCUAAACUGAAGAUUGGUGCAAAAUCCAAGAAAGAUCCUCACAUUAAAGUCUCUGGAAAAAGGGAGAAUGUUAAAGAAGCUAAGGAAAAGAUCAUGUCUGUCUUGGAUACAAAAAGCAAUCGAGUCACCCUGAAGAUGGACGUAUCCCAUACUGAGCAUUCUCACGUCAUUGGCAAAGGAGGGAAUAAUAUUAAAAAAGUGAUGGAAGAAACAGGCUGCCACAUCCAUUUUCCAGAUUCUAAUCGAAAUAACCAAGCGGAAAAAAGCAAUCAAGUGUCUAUUGCAGGGCAGCCAGCCGGAGUGGAAUCUGCCAGAGUUAGAAUACGGGAACUGCUGCCCUUGGUGUUGAUGUUUGAAUUACCUAUAGCUGGAAUCCUUCAACCCAUCCCCGACCCAAGUUCUCCCACGAUUCAGCAUCUAUCACAGACAUACAAUAUUUCAGUGUCCUUCAAGCAGCGUUCUCGGACAUAUGGUGCUACGGUCAUGAUCAGAGGCUCCCAGAAUAACACGAGUGCCGUGAAGGAAGGAACAGCUCUGCUCUUAGAGCACCUGGCCGGCAGUUUAGCCUCCGCCAUCCCGGUGAGCACCCAGCUAGACAUAGCAGCUCAGCACCACCUCUUUAUGAUGGGCCGAAAUGGCAGCAACAUCAAGCAUAUCAUGCAGAGAACCGGUGCUCAGAUCCAUUUCCCUGAUCCUAGUAAUCCCCAGAAGAAAUCCACUGUCUACCUCCAAGGCACAAUCGAGUCAGUCUGUCUUGCCAGACAAUAUCUCAUGGGCUGCCUUCCUCUUGUGCUGAUGUUUGAUAUGAAGGAAGAAAUCGACGUAGAACCACAUUUUAUUACACAGCUGAUGGAGCAGCUAGAUGUCUUCAUCAGUAUUAAACCAAAGCCAAAACAGACGAGUAAGUCUGUGAUCGUGAAAAGCGUUGAACGAAAUGCCUUAAACAUGUAUGAAGCACGGAAAUGUCUCCUGGGUCUGGAAAGCAGCGGUAUUGCCGUAGCAACAAAUCCCUGCCCCAUCUCUUGCCCAGUUGGCCUUCCUUGUCCUGCCUUGGACAUCUUGACCUCAGCUGGCCUUGGACUAACUGGACUUGGUCUUUUGGGUCCAACCACUUUAUCUGUCAACACAUCCACACCUCCAAACUCCCUCCUAAACGCUCUCAAUAGUUCGAUUAGUCCUUUGCAGAGUCCAAGUUCAAACACGCCAAGUUCAACUUUCUGGGCUUCCUCAAUCGCUAAUACAAGCACUACAGGUUUCUCUGCUAUUCCUCACCUGAUGAUGCCACCCAAUGCACAAGCCACGUUAACCAGUAUCUUGUUAUCCGGAGUGCCCAAUUAUAGUCAAAGCACACCAUCUCCUCCUCCUGGCUUAACUCCUGUUGAUAUUCACGUGAAUGGCAUGCAAGUGGAGAAUAAGAAAAACCCAACCUCGUCAUUGAAUGGUCAUGUAAAGACCUCAGCUAUGAAGUAUCCUGCAUUCUCUGCCACAGCUCUUGGUGAAAAUGUAUUAAGUGCAAACCACAGUGAUCCUUCUCGGACGAUUGGUAACCAUAAUGCCCCUGAACCAGUGACGGCCAAGACAAACUCUGGCGAAGGUUGCAGUGAUGCUUUUGUAGAAGUGGGCAUGCCGAGGAGUCCUUCACACUCUGCAAAUGCCAAUGAUCUCAAGCAGAUGAUGAGCACCUCGAAGCAGUCCUGCACGAAGAGGCAGACGGUAGAAUUACUGCAAGGCACCAAAAAUUCUCAUUUACACGCGGGGGAGAGGUUGCUUUCGGAUUCUGAGCUGAGCGCUUCGGAGGCCACGGUGGCUGACAAAAAGGCACCCGGAAGUGAAAGGGCAGCGGAGAGGGCGGCCGCGGCACAGCAGAACUCGGAAAGAGCACACCUGGGCCCCCAGUCAACAUAUGUGGACAUGCAGGCAUUUGACUACGAACAGAAGAAGCUACUGGCAACCAAAGCUAUGCUGAAAAAGCCAGUUGUUACGGAAGUGAGGACACCCACCAACACCUGGAGUGGGCUGGGCUUCUCCAAAUCGAUGCCGGCCGAAACCAUUAAGGAACUGAGAAGGGCCAACCACGUAGCCUACAAACCAUCGAUGUCGACCACUUAUGAGGGUUCCUCCAUGUCUCUCUCCCGAUCCAACAGCCGGGAACACCUGGGGAGCGGGAGCGAUUCCGACAACUGGAGAGAUCACAACGGCAUUAGUUCAACUGCUCCAGGCGACUUCGUUCCUUCCAUCGGGAGCCCUAAACGGAAACAGAAAUCAAGUGAGCAUUAUCUCAGCAGUAGCAACUACAUGGAUUGCAUCUCUUCCCUGAUUGGAAGCAAUGGCUGUAACCUGAACAGUCUGUUUAAAGGAUCUGACCUACCUGAAUUAUUCAGCAAACUGGGCCUGGGUAAAUACACAGACAUAUUUCAGCAACAAGAGAUUGAUCUUCAGACGUUCCUCACUCUGACAGAUCAGGAUCUGAAAGAGCUUGGAAUUACCACUUUUGGUGCACGAAGGAAAAUGCUUCUUGCAAUCUCAGAACUGAACAAAAACCGAAGAAAACUCUUUGACCCCUCUAAUGUCCGAGCCUCGUUUCUGGAAGGCGGCGCUAGCGGGCGGCUGUCACAUCAAUACCAUUCGGACAUUGCCAGUGUGAGCGGCCGUUGGUAGCAGGAGCAUGACGCUUCCACCAUUGACUGCACAACUCCACGGACAUGGCAAUCCUGUGGACCAUCCAUCACCACUGCACAUCACCCUCUGCACUUGGGAGUUUAGGUACCAAGGACCAAAGUCGUCGUCUUUUGCACAACUUCCUGUGCCGAAAGAAAGAAAGAACAUUUGUCUUGUCUUUCCACACACCAAAUGUGGAUUUUCGCCUUUAACUCUUGUAGAUUGGACAGAAUUUGCAAUAAUAUUGGGGGUGGGGUGGGGGUUGUUUAGUAUUUUAUGACUUAUUAUAACUAUAUUGUAUGCACUGAAUGAAUUUUUUUUUUUUACUAUUUUGAAUGGAGAGUGAAGGGCAGGAAUGCCAGAAGGGGGUCAUUGCUUAUGGGUUUUUAUCAAAGAAAUUUCUGGUACUGCUUAAUAAUUAUUAGAGGUCUUUCUGCACUUUAUGUGUUCGGAUUGCUUUUCCUGUGGAAAUUUUUAUUACUUUCCUCUAUAAUUUCCACGGGGGAAGAAAAAAAGAUUACCGUAGUGGCGCUAAAACAAUGUUUGCCAGGUGCAUUCCCACUCCAGGUGAAAAGGCUUACCCUCCCCCAUAAAUGGUACUAGCGAGUUGAAAUGUAGAGGAUGAUGGUUUUCUUUAGACAAGUGUAGGGAAUUUUCCCCGAAUCAGAUCUAUAAAGAGAGGAGACUCCAACCUCCUUGAGAAGAAAGUCUUGAGAAGUAUUUGCAACACUGCAAACCAAGCAGGGAAAGACCAAAAACAGAGUUGUGUUGCCAUCGCUAAUCCUAGUUAGCUGCUGCCUUCAAUGCUAAACCUGAUUUUAAUGAUUAUCUCAAACCAAGGACUAUUUUUAGUAUAAACUACCACUAAAGGACACUUUAUUUAUAGCAAAUGUCUUAUUUUUAGAACCUGUACACUUAGAGCGCAUAAGAAAUUAAAGUGAUCCACUAAAGCGUUUAGGGUAGAGAUUUGGAAGUGGAUCAUGAAGCGGAUCUCCAGGCCCUUCGUUCAUUUGACAGAGCAGAAAUUUGACAAAGACAGCACACUUGCAUCUAUUCCCUAAGGCAGGGGUCUCCAACCUUGGCAACGUUAA